AUGUGGGGGUGGUGGUGGUGGUGGUGGUGUGGAUGUGGUGGUGAAAGAGAUGGAGGUGAAGGUGGUGAUGAUGGUGAAGUUGGUGAUGGUGGAGAUGGCGAUUGCGGAGGUGGCAAUGGCAGCAUGGUGGUGGUUGUGGUUGUGAAGGUGUGUGGAUGUGGAGGUGGUGGAGUUGGAUGUGGAAGUGGAGUUGGUAUCAUUUUUAAAAAUGAAUGA